GAAACCGUGAAGUGGAAAAUAAAAUAUUGUAAUAGAAAUUGAUUUUUUAUGAAUACUUUAUUAGCAAUAAAUAUUCUUUCAUAAAAUAGGUGGUGUUGUUGUUAGUAAAGGAGACGAGUUAUCUUCUAUCUAUUGUGCAUAAGUUUUAUGUGCAACUAUGGCAGUGCUUGCUGCUGCUCAGUUGUUGGAUGAGUUGAUGGGCAGACAUCGUAAUACAAAUCCCAAUGAGAAGAUAAAGAAGCCCAACUGGGAGGACCCAGAGUAUUGCAAAUACUACAUGGUGAAGUUCUGUCCUCAUGAUUUAUUUGUGAACACUCGAGCUGAUCUUGGUGUGUGUCCCAAAGUUCAUGAUGAUGAAGUGAAGGUUCUCUUUGAAAAAGCAGAGCCUUCAUAUAAGAAAGCACAACAUGUGGAGGAAUUCCUGCGAUUCUGUCGGUACAUGAUUAAUGAUGUGGAAAGAAAAAUAACAAAAGGAAAGCAAAGACUGGAGUUAAUGAACUCUAAACCAGAAGGGCCACCCAUGACUCAAGCUCAGACAGAAAAAAACCAAGAACAGGUCCAGCUAUUAUCAGAGAAAAUAUCUUCUUUGGUCCAGGAGGCUGAAGAAGCAGGAACAAGGGGUGAUGUGGAACAAGCCCAAGGGCUUAUGAAGUUAUGUGACAGGUUGAAGGAAGAAAAAGAUCAGUUGUUGAAACAGCAAGAGAAUAGUCAUUGGUCUAUGACUGCUGAGUUAGCUGCUGCGCAGGAAAAGCAGAUGGAAGUUUGUCCAGUGUGUGGUGCAUUUCUCAUUGUCGGUGAUGCUCAGCAGCGUAUUGAUGACCAUCUUUCUGGAAAACAACAUGUCGGGUAUUUCAAACUUCGCCAAGCUUACGAGGAAAUGAAUGCUGCUAGGGAGAAGGAACAACAAGAGAAAGAGAGGAAGCGUAGAGAAGAAAGGGACAGGGAGCGCAGUUCCCGAGCUGGCGGUCUUGGAUCUGACAGGCGCGACAGAGAGCGCAUGGAGCGCGACAGAGAACGCGAUAGAGACCGCAGCGAUAGGGGCGACCGUGACAAGGAGAAGGAAAGAGAUAGGGAACGCCACCGGUCAAGUCGUGAUGACAAGAGCAGUCGCGACGAUAAGAACAACCGCGACGAGAAAGGUGGUCGUGACGAGAAGAGUAGCCGGGACGAGAAGAGUAGCCGAGAAGAGAAGGGUGGUAGCCGAGACGAGAAGAGUGGCCGAGACGACAAGGGUCGCCACGAGGAGAGGGACCGCGAGCGGGAGCGAGACAGGGAUAGGGAGCGUGAUCGCGAUCGCGACCGCAGGCAUCGUAGAAGAUCCCACGAACGCACUCGCAGGCGCUCCCGCGACCGCCACUAGCUAUUGACUGAGGUAUCACAAAAGCGCCUUGAACCGUUGACAACCAGGGGAAGAUCGAUCACCGCAUCAGCCACAAAAAGAGGUAUUUUUGACAUUAUACCAACCCUGGAAGACCCAAGACAUCCGGAUUAUGCGCGUCAACGGUUACCGAGGUGACAUAGAAUAGUCACACAUAACAAUAAGAUUGUAAUUAAUGUUAAUGUCUAAAAUCGUUUGUUUAAUACGAAUGCAUGUAGUCCGUCGUGUAUUCGCAUACACGACGGACAUUUUUUUUUCGCUUAGACCAAUAAGACAAUGUAUUUCGAUGUAGCUACCUCUGAUGUUUGUUCUCUAGGAAGGUCACUGUUAUUUCUGUUAACCAGAUCUGAGGAGACGAUCAGGUAUUUAUAAAAUAAAAAUAUUCUCUUAUUUUCAUAAACAAUAAUGUGUUAUUGAUUUCGCUUUGUGUUAUUUUAGUGUGAAUGAUAGGGUAUAUAUUUGGAGGAUUAAAUAUGAUACUACAUGACAAUUAGUUUCUUUUCCCUAUACUAUGUAACAAUCGAAGUGUAAAGG